CUGCCCAAGCAACAGAAACGAAAAAACCUUCACGAACAGGCCCCAGACUUUGCUUUGCCCAGGAGGCCUCACGUACAAGAAAGCGUUCUGCUUCAUUGCCACCAUGAAGAUUCUAUCUUUCGCCACCCGCCAGUUCUACCAGAGCAGCCAAGCUGCGUCCUUGCCACACAAAGUGAAGUUUGCUGUCUCCGUCGUCCAACUUCCGUGGGACACUCACAACUGCAAAUCCUCUCUCGUUAUCCGGUUGAAACGCAACUAUGCUACCACUACUUGGCAACGUACGCAAAGGGUUGCCUUGCCCGAAGUCGCUGGUGAUCCUUCCAUUAUUAAAAGCGCCUUUCGCGAACGCUUGGAUGCCGAACGGGCGCAAGCGCUCCUAGGCGGCGGCCAAAAACGCAUCGACAAGAUACACGCCAGGGGAUCACUUACCGCCCGGGAACGCUUGGAGCUCUUGUUCGAUAACGAGAGCUUCCACGAAUUGGAUCAACUCAAGGCUCAUCGAUGUACCGAGUUUGGUAUGGACGAAAAGGAGUUUCCCGGUGACGGUAUCGUCACGGGACACGGAACCAUCAAUGGUCGCGUCGUCUACGCCUUUUCCCAAGAUUUCACCGUCUUGGGUGGAUCGCUUUCGGAAACACACGCCGAAAAAAUGUGCAAGGUCAUGGACAUGGCCAUGCGUGUGCGAGCACCGGUGAUUGGUCUCAACGACUCUGGCGGAGCUCGGAUUCAAGAAGGUGUUGACAGUCUAGGCGGCUACGCCGAAGUGUUUCAGCGGAACGUAGACGCGAGUGGCUUGAUCCCGCAGAUUUCGGUGAUUAUGGGGCCUUGCGCGGGUGGCGCAGUCUACAGUCCCGCCAUGACCGAUUUCAUUUUCAUGGUCGAAGACACUUCCUACAUGUUCGUUACGGGCCCUGAAGUCGUCAAGACAGUCACGAACGAGACGGUCACCAAGGAAGAUCUGGGAGGUGCCCGGGUACACACUGCUAAAAGUGGCGUUGCGCAUGGAUCGUUCUCUAACGAUGUGACGGCACUCCGUUCGAUGCGCCGUCUCUUGGACUUUCUACCGGC